AUCUGCUUCAUAUCUGCUGCAUCCUGCAGACUUCCGCGACCACCCGCCCUCGAUAGUAGACAUAGACACCACCAUGGACGGCCGCUAUCUACGCGAGCUCACCCAGCGAGUCGGCUUGGGAUUCACGGUCCCGAUCACAACGUUUGUGGCGCCGGCUAGUACACGCUUCGCCGCGGGCCAGCGUGUCAAGGUGCUACCACGGGGAAAUCUGAGCCCAGGGUCGUACAUGGAGGGCGUGGUGGAGGGUGUUGCGCCAUCAGGAUGCGGUCAGGCCGGCACGUCCUACUACGUGACGAUCGAUUCGGUUGUGCUGCCCUGUGGCGCGCAGCCUUACCGAGACGUGCAGCCCAGACUGUGCGCCGAGGGUGAGCUCCAGGCUGACUGGAUGUAA